UGUCCUGCGACCAUCACCCAAGACCCUGGGCACAUACAGGAAGUCAGGGGAACGUAUGGUACAUGCAGGAGACACCGUUCUGCCUCAGUGUUGGACACAUUCUCCCCUCCACCAUGUCAGAAUCCAAUUCAACUGACUUCAUCAACCCCUCCACCUUCAUCCUGCUGGGCAUUCCUGGCCUGGAGGCCGCCCAUAAUUGGAUCUCCAUCCCCUUCUGCACCAUGUACACCAUAGCCCUCUUGGGGAACUUCACCAUCCUGUUCAUCGUGAAGAAGGAGCCAAGCCUCCAUGUGCCCAUGUACUAUUUCCUCUGCAUGCUGGCCGUCACCGACCUGGUCCUGUCUACAUCCAUCCUACCCAAAAUGCUGAGCAUCUUCUGGUUCUAUUCCAGGGAGAUCAAUUUCAGUGCCUGCCUCACCCAGAUGUACUUCAUUCUCAGCUUCUCUGUGAUAGAGUCUGGGAUCCUCGUGGCCAUGGCUUUUGAUCGCUACGUGGCCAUCUGCGAUCCCCUGAGACAUUCCACCACCCUGACAAAUCCUGUGGUGGCCAAAAUUGGCCUGGCCGUGGUGCUGCGCGGCAUCAUGCUCGUACUGCCCCAUCCCUUCCUGGCGAGGAGGUGGCCAUAUUGCAGAACCAACAUCAUUUCCCAUACAUACUGCGAGCACCUAGGUGUGGUGAAGCUGGCCUGCGCCGACAUCAGCCUCAGUAGUUACUACGGCCUCUCUGCGGCAUUAUUGGUGACCACUCUGGAUGUGUUUUUUAUCACCGUGUCCUAUACCCAGCUCUGUGUCAUCUUAGUCUUUCACAUCCCAUAUCUCUUCGCCGCCCUCACACAACGGUUUGGGCACAAGGUGGCCCUGCAUUUCCACGUUCUCAUGGCCAAUAUGAACCUCCUGGUGCCCCCCAUGCUAAACCCCAUCAUCUACGGGGUGAAGACCCAACAGAUUCGGACCGAGCUCCGUGCUGAGCUGUCUGGUGACAUGGUGCUGGGCCCUCUUCCCUGA